CCGGAGUGGAGCCAGUGGGCCACCCGCCAGGGCAGGUGGCGAUGUCUGAGCAGAAAGGGAUUCCGUUAAUAAUUUCGCUCAGGGGCGCGAGGGAGCGGCUGAACAAUCAGUUGAGGCGGCUCAGCAAGGCCCUCACCCCAGGAGGCGCCGUUCAGGCCUCCAUCCGCUGGCAUUCGCUGGAGCGGGGCUGCAAGAGGGCGCAGGUGCAGCGAGAGAAAGUGAAAAUGUGGGUGCCCUGGAACGGGCUAAUCGUGAUUGGAAAGAGGGUGGAGCUUCUGGGCAGAAAGACGCAAAAGCCUAGAACGUGGGACCCGAGGGUUGGUCCUGAGAACUUGCGACCAGAAAGUGUGGGAAAGACCGUCUUGAAAGAGAAGGCAGGCCUGAGUCAGGAAGGGACUGGCAGUAGUACAGCAGAUGCAUUGCAGGAUUCUGCAAGAGAGAUUUGGGGAAAACAAGACGUCAAACGCAAAAUUGGAGCUGAAUCUAACGCUUCAGGGAUGACCGCAGAGUCUAGGAAGGGGUGGUCUCUGUCUGAAGAGAUGCCCACGUCUACUGGGAAUAACGUGGGGACCAGUGGAGACGACUUGAGAUCCAGAGAAUAUCAAUUGCAGCAGAAGGAGGGGCAGAAGUUGAGUGGAGAGAAGCGGGAGUCCAGGGGAGAGAAACGGGGGUCCACUGUAGAGAAGCGGGGGUCCACUGCAGAGAAGCGGGGGUCCACUGCAGAGAAACGGGGGUCCAUUGCAGAGAAGCCAGUGUACAGCGGAGAGAAGCGGGGGUCCAAUGGAGAGAACCCAGUGUACAGGAGAGAGAAGCGGGGGUCCAGUGGAGAGAAGAUGAGGUUGAGUAGAGAGAAACUAAGGUCCAGUGAAGAGAAACCAAGGACUGAUAGAGAGGAUUCGAGAUCCAUUGGAGAUAAAGCGGGGUCAAGUGAAGAGAAACUGGAAUCUAAUGGAGAAAAACGGAGCAGAAGUGAAGAGAACAUUGAAAGAGUGAUAGAAAUUACUGGUGAUGAAAGAGGGAUAGAAUUUACAGAUGAGGAGAUGGAAAUUCCUUCUGAAAGUACAAAAAUGAGAGAUGAAGAACUAGAAGGGAUUGAGGAAGGAAUAGAAAUUGAUGAGGAUAGCCUUCAUGAAGUGAAAGAUAUUACUGGUGAAUUCGUUUCUAUGGAAGAGAAAAAUAUUACAGGGGAAGGUCCCAGUGGAUGAGGCAGAUGAAGGAUUGCAGCUAAAGAAGGAGAUAUCCAGGUAGGGGAACUAUUGAAAGUCAAAGAGGAGACAUUAGAGUCAUUAUUAGAGACAUUAUUGAUCUUGAAGGGGUAAAGAAGAGUCUAGAAAGAAGGAUGUGGGAAUGGAGCAGAGCUACUGGGCAUGAAGGCAGAGCCAGUACCAGUGGAAGGGAAAAAAAAAUAGUGGUAAAGAGGAAAAUAAGAACAUUCUGAGGAGAAAGAAUAGAUUUGGUAAUGAUAGAAGAAAAUUGGAUUUGGGGUUCUUAAAUAGCUCUUUGAGAAGUGGCUUUAGGAUGGGCUAGAAGGAUUUCAUCUGACACAUAAUUAGGGAGACAAUAUGCAGGCAUGGCCUGAUGAGAAGAAUUACAACAGGAUAAAGGAUAGAUAUCGAGGGCUGUGGAAGAAGCAGCAGGCCUGGAGUAAGCAAAAUGAAAAUGGAUCCUGAAGAAUGAGUGGCUCCAAAGUUACAAAAGCAAGUGAAGAGGAGAUGAGCAAAUGAAGGGGAAAAAACUCAAAAAGAUCUCACUUAAUUGCUGAGGCUGGCCUUGAACUUUUGAUCCUCCUGCCUCAGCCUCCCGAGAUGCUGGGAUUACAGGCAUGUACCACUGCGCCCACAUUUAAUUGCUUUAUGUACAGACUUCUAAACAGUUUUCCUGCUUCCAGCUCCAUGUCCUUGUUCUAUCAGAGGUGUCUGGUCUCUCCAGGUCCUGAACAUUGGUGAAAGAUGACUGUUAUAUUUUUUGCAUACAUUCUCCUCUUUAGGCAUUUGAGUGUGUGUGUGUGUGUGUGUGUGUGUGUGUGUGUUGCUGGGGAUUGAACCCAGAGUCUUGUGCAUGCAAGGCAAGCACUCUACCAACUAAGCCAUAUCCCCAGGCUCUCUUUAGGCAUUGGAGUCUUCUACUGGGCUAUUAGUUCCAUUCCAUCUUCCAAAGCUGGUUGACAUCUCUAAUCCACCUCAUUGUUUUGUGGGUUUAUAACAUUUUUCUUUCUUUUUUUUUAAUAUUUAGUUUUUAGUUGUAGUUGGACACAAUACCUUUAGUUUGUUUAUUUAUUUUUAUGUGGUGCUAAGGAUCAAACCCAGGGUCUCGCACGUGCGAGGCGAGUGCUCUACCGCUGAGCCACAACCCCAGCCUCAUUUUUAUUUCUUUAUUUUCAUCUAACUGGGGUUUAGAGAUAAAUACAUGAAUGUAUUCAGUCUGCCACAUUGCAGAACCUUGCUUUUCCUCUUAAUGAUUUUUCCUAUGUGAGAAUAGUUAACAUAGUAAACAAGUCACUGUACUAUUGUGUCAGGGUCUCAUUAAGUUAUGUAGUGCCUCACUAAAUUGCUGAGGCUGGCUUUGAACUUGUGAUCCUUCUGCCUCAACCUCCUGAUCUGCUGAGAUAACAGGUGUGAGGAACCAUGCCUGGUUGUUAUUGUUUUUUGAGACUGGGUCUCACUUUGUAGCCCAAUCUGGCCUCCAAUACCCACACUUGAGAAAUCUUCUACCUCAGUCUCCCCAAUAGCUGGAACUACAGGCAUACCACCUUUUGAAUGUUUUCAUUUAGAUGGAAAAAUAAAAAGAUUAAAACAAUUAAGCUGGGAGCAAUGACACAUGCCUAUAAUCCCAGUGGCUCAGGAGGCUGAUGCAGGAGAAUCACAAGUUUGAGACCAGCCUCAGCAACCUAGUGAUACCCUGUCUCAAAAUAAAAAAUAAAAAUGGUUGGGGAUGUGGCUCAAUGGUAAAGUACCCCUGGGCUCAAUCCCCAGUACCACAAACAAAAAAUUGCUUUUGUUGGCUCAGGAUAUACUCAAGGGUUUACUAGUUGGAUGAGAUUGUUAACAUUUAUUUAUUUAGGAGCUGGGAUGGAACCCAGGGCCUUGCAUAUAUGCUAAACACACUCCACCAUGGAGGUACCCUCAGCUCCUGUUAACUCUUUUAAUCUACACAAGUCUACCUCUUGUCUUGUUUUUAACAGUUUGACUUUUUUCAGGAACCCAGGCAUUUUUUUUCUCUCUCUCUUUGGUUCCAGGGAUUGAGUAUGUCCAGGGCUUGUAUGUAACAAGGUCUGUGCCUCCCAGAGAGGAUGGCUUCCAGCCUCCUUUCUUGACUCUUCAGCUGAGGAAUUAUUCUCUCUCAUAAGAGGCUUGCAUGGACACAAGGGCAAGGUUCAGGCAGUUCCCCGUGUGUGAAAACCUCUCAGACUGGCACGUUGUAUAAAUUAUGACCCAAAUCAUCAGAUUUCUGUUCUUUGUCUGAAUGACAUUUUCACCUGGGAAAUCAUGCAUUCCAUGGAGGCCACAGAAAGACAAGUGAAUGUCAAGGCUCUGUGACAAAUGCCAGCCACCUAAUCUCACUAAACUGCCCAGGAUGGCCUUGAACUUUUGAUCCCCUGCCUUAGCCUCCAGAGUUCUUGCUGGGAUUACAGGC